AUGGGAACAACCAAGCAAAACAAAAGCCAUCCUAAAUCCACAAAGCAGUACUUCUUACUGGAGGAAAGAGACAGGCUGAAGAACUCGGCUGGUGGGGUCCAAGGUGGCAGUGCUAAUGCCAUUGCAUCCAACAGAGGAAUAAGCCAGGCCAGCCAGAGCAGUGACAAAGGUGCCUUUUCUGCCUCACAAGAUGACAAGCAGGAGACCAGCCACCUCAAGGGUGUGCAUGGCCACAGUGGGUCCUCACACAGCACGGGGAAUAAACAGGAGGGACUGGAGCUCUGCGUGCAGUCACAGGGCCAUGAUCUCAUUGCAGUCACAGGCUUUUCAGGAAAGACAGGCCAGCAAGACGAGGUGGGGGAGCUGCUCUUUAUGCCACCUGAUGAGAAAGAAGUCAAUGAGUCCUUCUACAGCCAGCUAGAAGUACCCUCACAAUUGCAGGCCCUGGUUCUCGUGGGUGACUUCAACCCCCCUGAUAUUUGCCUGAAAAGCAAGAUGGCGAGGCACACACCAUCCAGGAGGCUCCUGCAGAGCAUUGAGGAUAACUUUUUGACACAGGUUGUGGAGUACCCCGAGUACUUGGACCUUCGCCCGUACACGUCUCACGUGGCUGGGGAGCCCCUCCUCUACUCCUUAUAUGCUGUCGUGGUUGUGGAGUACCCCGAGUACUUGGACCUUCGCCCGUACACGUCUCACGUGGCUGGGGAGCCCCUCCUCUACUCCUUAUAUGCUGUCGUGGUUGUGGAGUACCCCGAGUACUUGGAUCUUCGCCCGUACACGUCUCACGUGGCUGGGGAGCCCCUCCUCUACUCCUUAUAUGCUGUCGUGACAAAUUUGAAGGAGUGUGUCUCUGUCUUUUUGCAUAGGAAACAGCUGAAAAGCACUUCUAAGUAUAUUUAUCAGACUCUGUUUGUGAAUGGGGAGAACAGCGAUGUCAAAAUUUGUGCUCUGGGAGAGGAGUGGAACUUGCAUAAGAUCUAUUUGUGCCAGUCAGGCUACUUUUCCAGUAUGUUCAGUGGAGCUUGGAAAGAAUCUAGCAUGAACAUCAUAGAGUUGGAGAUUCCUGACCCAAACAUUGAUACAGAAGCUCUACAGGUGGCUUUUGGCUCGCUGUACAGAGAUGAUGUAUUAAUAAAACCCAGUCGAGUAGUUGCCCUUUUAGCAGCAGCCUGCAUGCUGCAGCUUGAUGACUUAAUCCAGCAAUGUGGUGAAACAAUGAAGGAAACCAUUAAUGCAGAAACUGUGUGUGGUUAUUACAAUUCAGCGGCAACAUAUGGGUUAGACUCUGUGAAGAAAAAGUGCCUGGAAUGGCUCUUGAAUAACCUGAUGCCUCACCAGAGUGUGGCGCUCUUCAAAGACCUCAGCAUAAACCUCAUGAAACAGCUGAUUAGUUCUUCUGACCUACUUGUAGUGCAAGUGGAAAUGGAUGUGUACACCGCUCUCAAAAAGUGGAUGUUCCUCCAGCUAGUGCCUACUUGGAAUGGGUCUUUGAAACAACUCUUAACCGAAGCUGAUGCGUGGUUUGCCAGGCGCAGGAGAGAUUUUGAGGAUGACGUUGCCUUCCUGGAAUCGGAACAGGGGAAUGCAUUCCUGUCGGUGUUCACACACUUGAGAUUACAGUAUAUCAUCAGUGACUUGGCGUCAGCCAGAAUUAUUGAGAGAGAUUCCCUAAUGCCCUCAGAAUGGCUGUCCUCUGUUUACAAACAGCAGUGGCUUGCCGUGCUCAGAGCAGAACAAGGCAAUGAUAUUGGGCCUCAGGAAAUAAAUAAAGAGGAACUGGAAGGAAACAGCAUGAGGUGUGGUCGAAAACUUGCAGAGGGUGGCCAUUACUGCUGGCGGUGGACUGGGUUCAACUUUGGCUUUGACCUUCUUGUCACUUAUACAAAUGGUUACAUCAUUUUCAAGCGGAAUACGCUGGAUCAGCCGUGCAGUGGAUCAGUCAGUCUGCAGCCUCGGAGAAACAUAGCCUUCAGGUUACGUGUAACCUCUUUUGAUAGCAGCGGGAAAGUUACUUUCAGUAGAACAACAGGAUAUCAGAUUCUAACCUUUCAGAAGGACCAGGAGCAGAUAGUGAUGAAUUUGGACAGAAGCCUCCUGACCUUCCCGCUCUACAUCUUCUGUAACUUUUUGUACACAUCGCCAGAGAAGACAACCGACAGCGAGGCACUGCCAGAUAACUCAGAAACCUGAGACCUCUUUAUAUAUUAUAUAUCUAUAUAUUUUAUAUAUAUAUAUAUGGCCUUAGUAUACUCCUAUGCAUAUCUGAAAAGAUCAUCAGAAAUUGUGUAGGCCAAAACUAGUUAUCCCAUAUGUUUUUUUAAUUUCUGUUCUGCACCUGCAGACAGUAGCCAUUCCGUGGUUAAGAAAUGUUAGACUUUUUAUUUUCCUGGGUGAAAACUGAGCCAAAUGGGACAGGGGGAGUUUGUGUGAAUGACAUCUUACGAACUUUCCUGUCAGAUUCUGAGCACGCAUUGUAGGACGCGUGGUUUUUGUAGUGUCUUAUUUGUUUGUGGGUUGGUUUUUUUUUUUAAAUGACUGAUCUGUAAAUACCA